AUGCCCAAGGUCAAGUGCUACUCGGCCGCCUGGCUGUCGAAAAAUGCCCCCGGCAACCAGCUCUUCGAGCCCUCGGCCGAGUCUCUGCGCUCGCGGGCGCUGUCGCCGGGCAAGAAGAAGCAGAUCCCCGGCCCCAGGAGGACGAUUGCCCGGCGCGGGACCGAGGUGUUUGUGGCCGUGGGCAAGGAGAUACGCUGGGGCGACUUGGUCUACCUCAAGGAAGAAUGGACGGAGAAGCAGUCGCGGCGGAGGAGCUCCAGCGUGCGCAUCAAGCGCGAGGACGAGACGCUGCAGUCGAUCGAUACGGAUGCCACUGACGCGCCGGGCGGAUGGAGGAUACUCAAGGUCCCCGUGGCCGACGACAUCCGGCAGCUCAUCAUCUCGCCCAACACCAACCUGCUGGCCAUUCUCACCACACACACCGUCCACAUCUGUGCCCUGCCCGACUCUUCCCACCUCACGAGCGACGACACCAGCCCGCUAAAGCCCAAGGCAUACACCCUCGGCCCCACGACACACGUCACUUCCCGGGCUGCCAUUGUAUCUGCCCUGUGGCACCCUCUGGGAGUUAACGGCUCCUGCAUUGUGACUGUCACGGCCGACGCAACAGUCCGCCUCUGGGAGCUCUCAACGCAGGACCGCUGGUCCUUUGAUUCUCCGACGACUUCGAUCGACCUGAAGAAGCUGGCGGAUGGCACCACGGUGGACCAGGACUUCUCCGCGUCCGUGUCGGCCACUAGCAAGGCCUUCUCGCCCGACGAAUUCGAGAUGGAGGUGGCCGCGGCAAGCUUCGCGACCAAGGGAUCCGGUGGCUGGGACCCGAUGACGCUGUGGAUUGCCAUGCGCGAGGGUGACGUGUAUGCGCUGAGUCCGCUUCUGCCCCAGCGAUGGGCACCGCCGCCGACGCUCAUCCCCUCUCUUUCGAUAUCCAUCGUUACCAGCGUGGCUGCCAUUGAGGACGACCCCAACGUGGACGACAGGGACAAGCUUCUGGCCCAGCAGCAGCUCCAGUGGAUGGGUGAGAUUGACUCUCAGGAGCCCCAGAUUGUGGAGUCCGUCAUUCCAGGAGAACCUGCGCUCGAGGUUUACACGAGGCCUUCCCGGCCUGGCGCCAUUCCUCGUCUCCAGGGGCCUUUUGACUUGCAGGCGAGCCCGGAAACCGGAGAUGAUCUGGACAGCUCCAUCACGGACAUGCUGGUGAUUGGGAAGAAGACGGAGACGGAAGAUCUGAUGUUGGGUGAGGAAGACGAGCUGGACUUUGACAACGGGGACCAGGAAGGCCUCUCGCUGACUGUCAUCUGUUUGCUGUCCACGAGCGGCCAGGUCCGCAUCUACCUGGACACUGACGGAGUACAAGCCCAGUGGCUGCCUCCCAAGAGCAAGAGCAGGCUCGGUCGCGCACUGGCAGCCGAGAUGGAACCACCGGCUCUUCUAGCAUUCCAAGCCAUCGACACCAUGACUCCGGUCGAGGUCAAUGAGGGCAGCUGGCCGGUGUUUAGCACGGACGUCAUGUCGCGAUACAACUUCUUUGUCACCCACCACGCGGCCAUCACCUUCAUCUCGCUCACCCCAUGGAUCUUUAGGCUAGAGAGCGAGCUACUGGGCGAGUUUGAGGCGGGCACAGACUUCCGCCUCGGACUCUUGGCCAACUCGCAGUCUACCAGGGACAGAGUCUACGCACAGCAGGCAGCAGAUGUCGCGAUCCCGCUGGCAGGCUGCGUCACUAUCCGCGAUCCCGACCUCGGCUACUUCCUCCUCUCGGCGACCCCUUACGAGCCCAUUGCGCUGACCUUUGAGACGCCCGACGAUGAGCCAGUGACCGUUCGACAGGACAGCCCCGUUCACGAGCGCGAAGUCAGCAUGGCACCUCUGGACUUUUACGAGCCGCGACCGGUGUACUAUCCCCCACAUACCUUUAGCGAGUCGUCCGCCCUGCCAGAGCUGCUGGAGCGUCUCCGCACGUCUCGCCACAAGACCAUUGUCAACCAGGAGGUGAAGCUCAGCCCGCUCACGCUGGCAAUCUUCACCGACGCACACAAGGUCCUCAGCGAGGAGACAUACCGGCUGGGCGUAGCGGCCGCCGAGGUCUUUCGCCGAUGCGAACUGUUACAGGCAGAGCUACGGCAGCAGGUGAGGAAGGCAAACGAGGUCAAGGGCAAGAUUGACACCAUCAACGGAUCUCACCGGGAGAACAACGACGCCAAGGAGCGAGCGUUUGUGGAAGAGGUCAAGGCGAUGGAGGCUAGCGUGUCUGGACCUCCCCCGGGGGCUGAGGCCGGGUCGAGGAACCAGUCGAAACAGGUAUGGAAGCGGCUGGAGGAGGUCAAGAGGCUGCAGGCAGAGCUGGUGGCCGAGGCCGAGGCCCUCAAGAACGCGAGCGGCACCCAGUCACCGGCCAGCGUGGAGCAGCUGCGCAUCCCCCAAGACAUACGACGCAGCAAGCUGCAGCAGGUGCAAGGACUGCUGUCUCGCGAGUCUGCGCUAGUCGAGGCCGUCACGUCACGGCUGGAGCGGCUCCAGGCCAGCAUCUGA